AUGCAUGUCGAAGUGCGAAGUAGUGGGCAUGCUCCCACAUAUAGAUACAACCACAUAAAACUCGAUUAUCACUAUAUGUCCACAACAUUGGGUUAUGUGGCAAUUCAAGGAGACUUAGAUGUGCUUGAGUUUGUGCAUGAUAUACCUACAUCAAGGGUUCAAAAUUUGCUUCAACCACAAUUGAUACAAGUAGACGUACAAGAUGAUGUGAACAUUGCUGAUGUUGUAGAUGAUGAAUAUGAAGAUGAGGCUACUCAAAAGGAAGAUGAGGAGCAACAGCUAGAUGAGGAAGAAGAUGUAAAUGUUGAUGGAGAGGAUGAUGAGGAAGAGCGCAUGCAGUUCAUAGAUAGUGAAUAUGAAGAACAAGACAAACAAAAGGGAGCAUAA